CACCCACCUCCUCAUAGGUGACUGGUGGAGGGAGGGGAGGGGGAGAGGAGGAGGUGGGGCUAGACAUCAUGCCCCUCACUCUAUGUAUGAGGUACAGUCCCACCAUUCCCAGUAGAACUCCAAUAGUUAGAAACAUAAAGACUGCACACCACGCCAAUGACUAUGGCUGUUGUCUUACUGACAUCAUCAAGUUCUGCUACUAUAAUUAUAGAUUGAGCCUUCUCUCUCCACGCAUUGAGGAGUGGUUCCAUUCCAGAGGCCACUAGACAGACAUUCUCUGGUAGUGUCUCCCUCUAGACUUAGCCAUCAUCACAGAAGUAGACUGCCACUGAUCCUACACUGUCUCCACUGUAAACACACAAAACCCCACCACCCACUCACUGACCCACACACUCUGUUCUCCUCAACCAGAGAGGGAGACAAGUCCCUCAAUGAAAAUUCUUCUCU